GUUUCCACAAAGAAUUUAUAAUUCCUGAUAAUUGAACACCACAGGGAAUAACAGCUUCAUAAAAGCUUCCAGAUAUCAAACACUUGCAAAUCCGGUGUUGUUGGGGUUGAAAUCUACGGGAGCGUUUGGAUCGAUCUGUUCAAUUAUCUUCCAGAUGGAGGGAAAGCUUGACUCUGAUGAUGGGGUGAAGCCCAUGACCGAGCAAGGAGCCGGAGGAGAGAAAGGCCAGGACUUGGUUCCAGAAGCUUCUCCCCUCACUGCGAAUCCUGGGAAAAAUGUUGACGGUGAUGCUUGUAACGGAGAGGCAGUUGAAGAAUCUGCUGGAGAUUUACUGGGAAAGGAGCAACUCUCUGCAAACAGGUCAAUGCCAGCAUCUGGACCGAAUGCAACUCAGCUCACCAUCUUCUUUAAUGGGAAUGUUUGUGUCUAUGAUGGAAUUCCUGCAGAAAAGGUACAUGAGAUAAUACGUAUUGCUGCUUCUGCUGCUAAGUCUGCUGACAUGAAGAGUGGAAUGCAAUCCUCCUUUACUUCACCCAUUCCCUCAAGGCCAUCUUCUCCACAGGGAACUCCUAAUAAUGUGGCUUCACCAAAACCUCUAUGUUUUCCUGCGCAGAAGAGUUCCAUUUGUGGGUUGCAAGAAUUUCCAAUUGCACGCAGACAGUCACUGCAGCGCUUUCUUGAGAAGCGACGAGAUAGGUUGGGGAGCAGAGCCCCAUAUGCGUCUCCAGCAAGAACCAAAGCGUCUGAAAACACAGAGAACAGCUGCAGUGCUGAUAAUGCACCUGAUCUGGCCUCCUUCAAACACUCAGAGGAGGAGCUUCAACCUAGUAUCACUGCAUCUUAAGUUUCGAGAGUUGUUUCUACUUAAUGGCUAAAAUUAUUCUGGUGUGUAGAAGAACCUCAAUAUGUUUGCAUGUAAAAGUUUAAUGACUUUAAUGACUCUGAAUUUGUGAUAUGGUUUUUUGUUCAGUCUUCAGUAUACAUGUAACCUAACUGCUGAACCUGAAAAGGGUCGGUGAAUGUGACUUGAAAGUCUACAAUGGUGUCUGUUCUCUAUGUUCAGAACAUCCAUCUUAAUUGUUAUUCUUGGACAAUGUUGUGUUUCUGGACAAUUAAUUAUAUGUCAUGUUCAUAUUGUGGCGUUUGUUUUUA